GCAAAACGUCGCACUGAACGGGGGGGCUCCAAAACCUAUCUCUCUCCCGUUCUGCCGCCGCCGCCGCACAACUCCUCCGCCACGUCGUCGUCGCCCCCUCCAAUCCCGUACAGACCUAGCGUGAAGGCCUGUUGAUCAUCAACUUGAGAGACGAAGAUGAAGAGGCGGUUCGUGAAUCUGGUGACCCGGAACUGGACGGAAGGAGUGUACUCGGUGCGCCGCAUCGAUCCUUACCACCAUUUCUUCUACGGGUCAGCAGAUGCAGCAGCGGCCGAGAAGACGGAGCCUUUUCCGGCGAUGCGGAUCAAGGAGCUGCCGACGCCAUGCAUGAACUUGAGCGCAGCAGGUGGCCAUGGCGGCACCCUGGACAUGUUGGCGCUCUACAGUCCACGCCCCACCGGCGACGGCAGAAUAGUCUACACCGACAUGAUGGGCAACGCCGACGGACAUGUCCACACCGCGCUGAGCCGCCUCAACCCAUGUGCCUGUCCAUCGCGCAACCUGACGCGGACAAAGAAGACAGCCUGUAUGUCCUGGAUGCGUACCCCGGGAAGGGCGAUGAUGGGUGCUUCGAGGUCCUUGAGCGCACGCCCAGAAGAUUUAGGUGCAGGAUGAUGCCGCAAUGGCACUGGCGACUUGUUCCGCCGCCUCCCUUUGUCAGCCACCGGUCAGCCUUUAUCACCUCCUUUACCACCAUGGUCGACGGCGACGGCUGCUCGACCAUCUACAUAUCAUGCGCCGGCGCUGGCGGCGUCGAUGUCGGCACCUACAGCUACGAGACGCCGCGGCAGGAGUACAGGGAGCCUCGAGGAUGGCGCCACGUCGGGGAAUGGAUGCUGCCCUUUCGCGGCAGAGCUCACUACGCCCCUGAGUUCAACCUGUGGUUUGGCUUCUCGGCCUCGAGCCCCAACGAUCACCUGUGCGCCACGGACCUCUCUGCCAUGGACGGUGGACGGCAGCCCUCCGAGCCCACGGUAUGGGAAGAUCUGAACCCGCCUGCACAGGGAGAGCCGUGGCUUCCAAAGCAGCUCGAGCUUCUCCAACUGGGCGGCCGCAAGUUUCUCAUCGCAAAGACCUUUACGGAAGGAGAAAGAGGUGGGUAUUUUUCUGUGCUCACCGGCGUAGAGAUGAUGGCGUGCGCCGCCGGUGAUCACCGGCAGCAGACCCUUGAGAUGGUCAAGCACAAGUGCGCACGUUUUGUCUUCACGGAUGAGCACAUCGAGCGGGUGCUCUGA